UAAUUUUACCGGUUCACUCAUUGCUAACUGUGGAUGUGUUUCUUUAUGGAGUUGUGUUUUGACAUCCAGUGAAGACGCAGGACCGUUAAAACGAGAAUUCGUUUGUCCUGUACGUUUGACCGCUGUCUGUGUCCUACAGUUAGCCUUAGCGGCUAGUCUGCUAAAUGCUAAUGUUGCCGAGAUAACGUUUUCGCGUAAGUCUGGCUUACGAGAAACAUAUAACUAGUAUGAAUAUUAGACUGAUGGAUACUCAGAUUUGGAGAACUUUUUAUUAAGAUGCCGUCUUGCGUUUAAAGGGUCAAGUUGGGUAUAAGUUGAACUCCGACUAGGUUAGCUAGCGCGGCUCUCGAAUUUUUAGCACAACACAGCUGGAAGGAGGAAGUAUCAGACCAUAGCUAUUUAAGCUGUUCUGGCCGCUGCAAAGAUACAGAAAGUCGUUAUUAGAUAUGUUCUUUGAAAGCUUUUUGUGUCAUAUGUUACUAAUAGUUAUUUACUUUGUUUUAUUGUACAGUUCCGGCGAGGUUUGUUGUCGGUUUAAUCUGAAUUUAAAAGUAAAAAAAGAGUCUAGUCUGUCACUGCGUCGACAUAUCCGCAAAUGUUAAAAUAUGAGCUGAAUGCAAACUAUCCGGAUAGAUGCACCAGUAAACAUUUAAUCUCAGUGUUAACUUUUGCCAAACCUGUUGCUCUUGCAAAUCGGUUGACAAAAAUAGGAUUGAAGGGGAAGAUUCGGCAACAACUCGAGUGAUCUUAUUUAUUCCUUCAGCUUUUAUUUACCAGAUUAAAAUUGAGGCCAUCAUGCCCACACUUAACAAUGAGGGAUUGUUAGUGCAGCCUAACUUUGUUUUUAAAUUCUUUUUAAAAUUCAUUUUGUGUGUAAAGCACACACGGGGGAUGUUGGCUAUCUCAGGAUCUUACUCACAAGUGAGGGCAGAAAGGGAUUGGAUGUCGGGCUGAGGCUUUUUUUUUUUUUUUUGCAGUGAUGCAGAUGCCGAACCGGAUUUUUGUGAUAAAGAGAGACCUGAACGUGAAAGCAAAGCUGUCAAUUUACCGAUUGAUAUACGUCCUUACCCUCAUCUAUGGUUAUGAGCUCUGGGUUGUGGCUGAAAGAAUGAGAUCACAGAUACAAAUCGCGGAAAUUAGUUUUCUCCUAAGGGUCGCUAGCCUCUCUCUUUUUAAGAUGGGUUGAGGAGUUCAGCCAAGCCACAGGCAUUCAGAGUAGAGCCACUACUCCUGCACAUUGAAAGGAGCUAGUUUGAAUAUCUCAGGCAUCUGAUUUGGAUGCCUCCUGGGCGAGGUGUUCUGGGCAUGUCCUACUGGAAGAAAGCCCUAGGUAUUCCCAGGACACUUUGGAGUGCCUUGGUGUUCUCCUGAAUGAGCUAUAGGAGGUGCCUGGGGAGAGGGAGGUCUGGGUUUCUCUGCUUAGGCUGCUGACCUCACGAUCUGGCCCCAGAGAAGCAGGAGAAGAUGAAUGGUCAAGUACUGUUUGCAAACCAGAAGCAUUAAAAAUUUUCCACUUCAUUAUCAUUAACAGUGAAUGCACACAUUAUUAAAAUGCACACCAGAAUGCAAAGAAAAAUAGUAAUAGCAAAUAGUAAUUCAUAACAAUAAAUGCAUUUUUUUUAAAAAUUUGUUCAGUGUCCAGUACCCCCAGAGCAAAUGACCAGAAUACUUUUGGUCCUUUAUAUAGAUCUGGCACAGGACUCCACAUAGUGACCCGUGCUUGUUGGUCAGCAAGACUAGAAGCAUAAUGUUUAGAGAUACACUAAAUAUGAUUUUUCUCGGCCGAUUCAGAUUUGUUUUUGAAGUCUGACCUGCCGAUCCCUAUUUUCUAAGAACAACAAAUGACAACACAUGGAAAUGAAUAUCUACUCAUCUUCAAUGCUAAUAUGAGCUGCUUUCUUGCCACAAGGAGUAGCCACAGCAGUGAGGAUGUCUUUGAAUGACGAGGGGUACGUGGUUCGGAUCAGAGGACUUCCCUGGUCCUGCACACAGGAGGAGGUAGCCAGUUUCUUUUCUGACUGUGACAUCGCGGGAAAAGUAAAUGGAGUGUGUUUCACAUACUCAAAAGAAGGCCGUCCGAGUGGAGAGGCAUUUAUUGAGCUGAAAACAGCAGAAGAUUUCAAGAAUGCUCUUGCGAAGGACCGUAAAUACAUGGGGCACCGAUAUAUAGAAGUGUUCAAGUCGAACCGUAGUGAGAUGGACUGGGUGCUGAAGCGUAGCGGUCCUGCUGACUAUGACAGCUGCAGUGGCUGCAUGCUGAGACUUAGAGGCCUGCCCUUUGGCUGCAGUAAGGAGGAGAUUGUUCAGUUUUUCUCAGGGUUGAGAAUCGUGCCAAAUGGGAUAACUCUGCCAGUGGACUACCAGGGGAGGAGCACAGGGGAAGCCUUCGUGCAGUUUGCCUCAAAGGAGAUAGCAGAAAAGGCUCUGGGGAAACACAAGGAAAGAAUAGGGCACAGGUACAUAGAGAUUUUUAAGAGCAGUCGUAAUGAAAUCAGAGCCUACUAUGAGGUGCCCCGGCGGGGAAUGGGAGCCCAGAGACCAGGGCCCUAUGAUAGACCAAUGAUGAGCGGCCCCAGAGGAGGGUUUUUUGGUCCUUCUCCUGGCCGUGGUGCCACCAUGAUGGAUAAUAUGAGGAGUGGAGGUGGUUACGGAGGAGGUUACAGUAACUUUGACAACUACAACGGGUUCAACAACUACUGUUUUGGCAACGGCAUGUUUGACGAGCGAGUGAGAGGAGAGAGGGGAGGAAGAGGAGUGGGAAGCCAUGGUUACAGUAGUCAGAGUGAUGUCGGCUCAGGCUUUCAUAGCGGUCAUUUCGUCCAUAUGAGGGGUCUACCUUUCCGUGCCACAGAGGGAGACAUCGCUAAAUUCUUCUCUCCUUUGAACCCGUUAAGGAUCCACAUCGAUAUGGCUCCCAACGGCAAGUCAACUGGAGAAGCAGACGUGGAGUUUCGCUCCCAUGAAGAUGCCGUGGCCGCCAUGUCCAAAGACAAAAACCACAUGCAACAUCGCUACAUCGAGCUGUUUCUUAACUCGACAGCCAGCGGUGCCGCUGAAAUGAGCCGUGGCAGCGGUGGUUACUAUAGUAACUCAGGAGGAAGCUCCCGGAGCAGCGGGCUGCGAGGUGCAUACUGAUGAUGUCAUCCCACAGCUCCAGUCCAUCCUGGCGUUCAUGUCACGUCUCUGAAGGCCACAUUUAAUCAAUGAGUGUUUCUAAGCAGGAAAGCUGACGUGAAGUUCCACAUUUUCUUUCCUUUUUGUUUUUUU